AUCUGCUUCUGGGUUUUGUAGAUCUGGGUGUGGGACUUUGCAUUUUUACUAGAUCUGAUCUGGGUUUGCUUCGUUUUCGUUGUUUGAGGCUGAUUUUGCACAAUGGCGUCCCACAUUGUUGGAUAUCCUCGCAUGGGGCCCAAGAGAGAGCUCAAAUUUGCUUUGGAAUCAUUUUGGGAUAAAAAGAGCAGCGCCGAGGAUUUGCAAAAGGUUGCAGCCGAUCUGAGGGCGUCCAUCUGGAAGCAGAUGGCUGAUGCCGGGACCAAGUACAUUCCCAGCAACACCUUCUCAUACUACGAUCAGGUGCUCGACACCACAGCCAUGCUGGGCGCCGUUCCCCCCAGAUAUGGAUGGAAUGGUGGCGAGAUUGAAUUCGAUGUCUACUUCUCCAUGGCCAGAGGAAAUGCCUCCGUUCCCGCUAUGGAAAUGACCAAGUGGUUCGACACAAACUACCAUUACAUUGUCCCUGAGUUGGGUCCGGAGGUGAAGUUUAGCUAUGCCUCUCACAAGGCAGUGAAAGAAUACCAGGAGGCUAAGGCGCUUGGAGUAGACACAGUUCCGGUUUUUGUUGGUCCUGUCUCCUACUUGUUGCUAUCUAAACCUGCAAAGGGUGUUGAGAAAUCCUUUUCUCUUCUCUCCCUCCUGGACAAAAUCCUUCCAAUCUACAAGGAAGUAGUUGCUGAGCUAAAGGCUGCUGGUGCUUCCUCAAUUCAGUUUGAUGAACCCACCCUUGUGAUGGAUCUUGACUCUCACAAGUUGCAAGCAUUCACUCAUGCCUACUCUUCGCUAGAAGCAUCUUGCUCUGGCUUGAAUGUUAUUGUUGAGACAUACUUUGCUGAUGUUCCUUCUGAAGCAUUCAAGACCCUCACUUCCUUGAAGGGUGUUACUGGCUUUGGGUUCGAUUUGGUUCGCGGAACCAAGACCCUUGAUUUGAUCAAGGGUGGAUUCCCUACAGGAAAAUACCUUUUUGCUGGAGUGGUUGAUGGAAGGAACAUUUGGGCUAAUGAUCUUGCUGCAUCUCUUAGCGUCCUACAGGAGCUUGAGAGCAUUGUGGGCAAGGACAAACUUGUGGUCUCCACCUCCUGCUCUCUUCUCCACACUGCUGUUGAUCUAAUUAACGAGCCUAAGCUAGACCAGGAAAUUAAAUCAUGGCUUGCAUUUGCUGCCCAGAAGAUUGUUGAAGUGAAUGCCUUGGCCAAGGCAUUGGCUGGUCACAAAGAGGAGGCAUUCUUCUCUGACAAUGCCGCAGCUCAGGCUUCAAGGAAGUCCUCCCCAAGAGUGACUAAUGAGGCUGUCCAAAAGGCUGCUUCUGCUUUGAAGGGUUCUGACCACCGCCGUGCUACUGAUGUGAGUGCUAGACUGGAUGCUCAGCAGAAGAAGCUGAAACUCCCAGUCCUGCCAACCACCACCAUUGGUUCUUUCCCUCAGACCAUGGAUCUCAGGAGAGUCCGCCGUGAAUACAAGGCUAAAAAGAUCUCUGAGGAGGAUUAUGUUAAGGCCAUCAAAGAGGAAAUCAACAAGGUUGUCAAGCUCCAGGAAGAACUUGAUAUUGACGUGCUCGUCCAUGGUGAACCUGAGAGGAACGAUAUGGUCGAGUACUUUGGAGAGCAGUUGUCCGGUUUUGCCUUCACUGCCAAUGGAUGGGUGCAAUCCUAUGGAUCUCGCUGUGUGAAGCCACCAAUCAUCUAUGGUGAUGUGAGCCGACCCAAGCCAAUGACAGUCUUCUGGUCCACCAUGGCUCAGAGCAUGACUGCUCGCCCAAUGAAGGGAAUGCUUACUGGCCCUGUUACUAUUCUGAACUGGUCCUUCGUGCGAAAUGACCAGCCCAGAUUUGAAACCUGCUAUCAGAUUGCUUUGGCCAUCAAGGACGAAGUGGAGGAUCUCGAGAAGGCUGGCAUUACCGUCAUCCAAAUUGAUGAGGCUGCUUUGAGAGAGGGCUUGCCUCUUAGGAAGUCCGAGCAUGCUUUCUACUUGGACUGGGCUGUCCACUCCUUCAGGAUCACCAACUGUGGUGUUCAAGACACUACCCAGAUCCACACCCACAUGUGCUACUCUAACUUCAAUGACAUUAUCCACUCCAUCAUUGACAUGGACGCUGAUGUGAUCACAAUUGAGAACUCCCGAUCUGAUGAGAAGCUCCUUUCGGUGUUCCGUGAGGGAGUGAAGUAUGGUGCUGGAAUUGGCCCUGGUGUGUACGACAUCCACUCCCCCAGAAUACCAUCAACUGAAGAGAUUGCUGACAGAAUCAACAAGAUGCUUGCAGUUCUUGAGACCAACAUCUUGUGGGUGAACCCUGACUGUGGGCUCAAGACCCGCAAGUACACUGAAGUGAUGCCAGCCCUAAAGAACAUGGUUGCCGCCGCCAAGCUUCUCCGCACCGAGCUUGCCAGUGCCAAGUGAAGGAAAAGGGGAUAAAGGAGAGGGCUUGGGAGUUGGAAGUGAAGUUCCUCUCUACAAUCCAUUGAUUUUUACGGCAAUCAAACAAAACACAAAAAAUGAAGAAGAAAAAUAAUAUGCUUUUUAUUCUUAUAAUAAUUGUGGUUGAUGAUGGAAUAUCUUAGUAGGAGGCAUGAUAUGAUCUUCUUCUUGUUCUUCUUGAUUUCUUGGUUCAAGACUUGUCCCUUUUUUUUGUUUUCUCCCCAUUUAUUUCUUGAUAUUUUGUAUUUCGGGGCUUUGCCUUGAAAAUUUCUUGAUGUACCUCAAUGGGUUAUUACUAGAAGUAUGGCAUGUUGAAUAUUGUUUCUUCAUUUUAGAUUGCAUGUCAGAAGGCAA